AUGGACACAAGCAGAAUAUUCCCCUUCCUCCGUCUCCCUCGAGAGCUCCGAGACCAGAUCUAUACAUGCCUCCUCUACUUCCCUCCGCCUCCCGUCCCAGCACCAACAGGUACCAUAUCCCGCCGUCUACGUAUACGGGCUAAUAAGAGCCACAAUGCCGACUUGCCUGAGUAUGAAAUCUACCCUCAUUUUCUUCAAGUAAAUAAACAAAUACACGAUGAAGGGGCUCUGGUUUUGUAUGGUCGGAAUACAUUCUUGAUACAGAUUACUACGGAUUGUAGUACGGGCGAUCGUCGAAUAAGGCGGCCGAAGGUGGAUACUUAUAAUGCGAUUCUUAGUUCACCAUGGGAGAUUGUAGGGUAUACCUGCCCUAACGUGAAGACGAAGAGGAAAGGUAAAAAGGUUAUCAUCGAAAGACCGAUCGGGAAGUAUUGUGAUGCUCGACAUUACCGGUGCGGCAAUUUGAGAGGCCGUAUUGAUAACUACUAUGGCCCUCGGCCUUCUACCUGGGAUUGUGUCUGCUAUAGAUGCGCGAGAUCUGUUCCAAAGUCCAAGAAUGGUAACUUCCCGUUUCUGGCACCGACAUACCGACAGCUUAUCCGCCACGUAAGGAUCGAUUUGUUUGACAUCCGUAUCGCAAGGUCUAGGUUCCUCCAUAGGGGAGGUACACUACAAACGAACGACGAUCGGAUAAGAAGGAUACUCUUGCCUUUCAGUUACCGGCUCAGGGAGUUAUUGGGGCCGGCCGGUGAGGGGUUAGAGGUGGAGAUUACGGCUAUACCUGUGGAUCCGAUUCUGAAUGAAGAGUGGGAACUUAGGACUCCAACUAUGUAUCUUGAAAUUCUUGAGACUAUUUGGCCGUUGACGCUCGGGCCGUGGAGAUAUAAAAUCACAAUGUCGAAUCAUAUAGUCGAACAGUUUGGGGAUAUAUCGACUGAAGAAAUAAUGGAAUCAUGCACCGAAAUGACAAAUGUCACGGCUGAAGAGGAGAAACAGUAUCGAGAGCUGAAGGUUGAAGGGGAUUUUUGUUGGAUCCACAGUCGAGGGGUCUAUCUGGCGCAGAAUAAGGAACGGCACCGAUAUGGCAGGUGUGCUAAUAAGAGGGAGGUGGAGAUAGCUGAUCGGUGGUAUCAUCGUUUGGUAUUGUGGGAAAUCAUUGCGGGAAACGCUAAGAUGAUUAGAUACGCACUCUUCAAGCGCUAG